CUGACACGUGUAACUCCCGGCUUCCACAGAGUAAACCAACGGUGAAGAAGCUGAUUCCACCAGCCUCCGUGGCAUGCCGUUAACUCAAACAACUGCUGCCCGUCUGCUUCUUUGAAGUCAGGGUUAAACGACAACCAUGGCGGCGACGGUUACUCUCAACACUACGUUCUCAACGUUUAUUAAAUUGAAAAAAUCCGCGACUAACAUCAAUAAUUCCUCCAAACCUCUAUUAUUCGAUCGCAUACAAAUUAAAUUAUGUUGCAAUAGCAGACGAGUCAAGAAUAGAAGCCGCAGCAUCCUCUCAUGUUCUGCAAUCUCGUCAUCUCCCGGAAUUGAAUCUUCUGGUAUGGCGAGUGAGGACACCAAGGAUUUAUUGGAAACGGUGCAGGUGUUUGAUUUGGAUGGAAAUGGAAUUCCAGUUUCUGAUUUGUGGAAAAAUAGAAAAGCUGUCGUUGCAUUUGCCCGUCAUUUUGGAUGUGUCCUUUGUCGUAGUCGUGCUGAUUAUCUUGCUGCCAAGAAGGACAUCAUGGAUGCCUCUGGAGUGGCACUUAUUCUGAUUGGACCUGGCAGUGUUGAUCAGGCAAAAGCAUUCUCUGAGCAAACUAAGUUCAAAGGAGAAGUUUAUGCAGAUCCUAGCCAUGCAUCAUAUGAGGCACUCGAAUUUGUUUCUGGAGUUGCAACCACAUUUACUCCUAAAGCAGGUCUCAAGAUAAUCCAAUUAUACAUGGAAGGCUAUCGGCAGGACUGGAAACUUUCGUUUGAAAAAGACACCGUCGCAAGAGGUGGCUGGAAGCAAGGUGGUAUUAUAGUUGCAGGUCCUGGUAAAACAAAUAUCUCAUACAUCCACAAGGACAAAGAAGCAGGCGAUGAUCCAGAAAUUGAAGACAUAUUGAAAGCUUGUUGCUCGUGAUGAAAUGAUGCAUAAUUACUAACUUAUAUACACUUAAUUAUUAUUUGUAUACAUGGAAGCUUUUAAUAGAGUAAGAUAUAUCAAACGUCGUCGUUUCAA